AAAUUCCCCUUUGUCCUCCCCCCCCCCCCCCAACCGGUUCCCGUCCGUCGUUACUUUUCCAGACCAGGAUUUGGAAUCCUCACCUAUCACUCAGUGUGACGACCCCUGUUCAUGUUGGUGGUCGGUCGCUCGCAUGCCGGCUGAAUUGCUAUCCUCCCCCCCCUCGCCCCUCAUGAUCUCGACCAUCCCCCCGCCGCGCCCCGUGUCGGUGAACUCGCUGGCUAGGGCCUCGGCCGUGCCCGCUCCCUACGCCAAAGCCAGCCGCUGCACCAGUGCUGAAAUCCAGAUUCCCGACGGCCCCUUCCACCCCCCGGUGGGGCCCGGGCAGCUGGUCUGCCAGUCCCCGGUGGAUACCGAGAUGGAGGAUGCGCGGAGCGGGGAGCGCCCCGGUCGGUCCGCUUGGCGCUUCGAGGACCUGCCCAUCGAGAUCCACGAGGCCAUUCUCGACCAGCUAUUCGGCGAGCGCGCCUCCGCCUUUACUUCGUGCGCCCCCGGGAAGUCCGUGCGCAGCUGCAACAAGGCCCUGCGGCACCCCCGGCGCAAGGUCCUGUCCAACCUGUCCCUGAUCACCCCGGUCUGGCGGGCGUUGGUGCAGGACCGCAUCUACAGACACAUCAAGCUCAAAGGAACUGCCGACGAGCUGGGCGAGAGCGCCCGGUGGUUCCGCGCACACCCCCACCUCGCGCCGUACGUCCGGCAUGUCGAGAUCUGGAUCCCCGUGUGGGGGCAACGAGCGGCCAAGCAUGCGACGCCCACCCGCCGGUAUGAGGAGGACGAUCAGACAGUCGCAUGGGAGUCGGACCACCCCAGCACGGACUACCGAUAUCAUUAUGCCAGCCACAACGCCACGCUGGAGGAGAUGUUUGCGCACGUCAAGGCCAACUUUCCCGAAGCACGCAUCCUGACACUGGAGGGGGGGCACUGCAAGCGGCCGCCCAUGGUGCGGCACUUCCGCGACGAUCCGUGCGGGCACACACGACGGCGGCUGCCGGCGCUGCCAGACGUGCAAACCUUUGUCAUGCGCGGGGCGUGGAAUAUCAUGCGCGACUAUCAGCAGUGGUGCAACCUGGCGCAGGCGCUGCCGGGGGUGCGCGAGUGGCACUGCGCCUACGCUAAGCCGAAGAUCGAGGGCUACGAGACGAUGGCCGAUAUUCUGCUGCGGCUGUCGCCGACGCUGGUCCACGUCAACAUCAGCCUGGAGGGAUUCUACAGCAAGGACAACACGCAGUCGGGCUGGGUCCACGACGGCAUCAAUCCCCCGCAUCUGUGCCGGCUUCUGGGGGAGGCAGCGCCGCGGUUGGAAUCGCUAGCGUUCACGGGCAAGGUGUGCGCGUGUCUGUUCCAGGCGACGCGGGGGGCGAUGGCGAUGGGGACGGCCAAGUCGAAGCUGAAGUCGCUGGACCUGGUGGUGAAGACGUGCUGCCGCGAGAAGCGCAGCAACCCGGGACUGGGCUUCUUGGACGACUUCUCGGGGAUCACCAACCUGAACUUCAUCCGGUCGUUCGAGAAGCUGGUGCUGGGGGCAGUGCACAGCCUGCAAAUCCACACGGCACUCACGUACAUGCGCAUCCGAUUCAUCGACCUCGACUCGGCAUGUCCACCACUCAACCCAUACUUCCAGCUAGUGAACAACGAGUGCACGGGACUGUGGAACGAGCGAAUCCUGGAGACGCUGUACGAAUCCCGGCCGCAGGCGCACUAUCUGGAGCUGUCCGACGGGAUAUAUCCGCAGUACGGGCACAACCGACAGAUCGUGGGGGCGGUCUAUCCGCGCACGCGACCGCAGAGCAUCCACUCGUCGACCUACAAGGUCAUCGCGGAUGUCUCGAAGCCGUAGGCAGACCAUUUAUCGGAGAGAAAAGUUAUCAAUAGCGUGAUACCUACCACCUACUACUACCUACCUGUCCAGUGGACAUAAUGAGAUAUGCUUAUGACAAUUAGCAUCCGAGGAUGCAAUAACUUUACACAAUAGCUUCACAAUGAAAUACCCUUACACGAU